GUGAGGGCUGGAGCUGAGUGUGAGCGUGCGUGUGUGGAGCAGCCUUGGGAGCCAGGUGCUAAGUUCGAAGUGCCCAGGAGCAGUUUUGGGGACGACAGGAAUUGUCCUCGAGCUAUGAGCAGGGCGACUGGCCGUAGGGUCUUGUCAAGGUUGCGCGGGGGCGAGCCAGCGGCAGAGAUGCCAGGCCGCUGUGUGGGGCCCUGCAGAUACGGGCGCGGCGUUUGGCGGCCAUGGGGGAAGAGAUGGGGUGCAGGGAUGUCUCAAGGCCGUGGAGCGAGGCGUCGGACGAGGUCCUCGGUGUGGGAGACGCGCUGUGUGAGUGCAGAAAGGCUUCAGGACCGUCGACGGUCACGGGGAAGAAGAGAGGCAGAGGCCGCUGGGGAGAAUGAGGCUUCGGGGACAUCUGGCAGUGCAGGCUCGGUUGAGGCUGCAAGGGACCCAGGAGCUGUGUGGGUGAAUGGGGCUGUGGGGGAACCCCAGGUGGUGGGGCCUGUUGGGUCCGUAUGGGUGACAGGCAGUGGAGAGGAAGAGGAGACUCCUUAUAGGAGUCCCCGGAGCUGUGAGAGGAAAGGUCGUCCGGGAUCUAUGGGGCAUGAGAACAUUCUGAAACUGUGGUUGAAGGUGCAGGCUAUGAGGGCAGCUUCAGGAUGUGGGGAAGGAAGCAGGGUGGAGCUCCAUCCUGUGUCUGCUGGGGAGGGGCCGGUUGAAAGGGGUGUCCCUGGCCGUGCUUCCUGGAUAGAGACCAGCCGCAGUGGUCUGACAGGACCGUGGGUGAAAGGACUGGCUAGGGUGGCUCCCCGGUCCACAGGAGUAUCUCUGGCUGUGGAGCUAGGGGUAGGUUGUGAGAGGGCCUUAAGCUUGUGUAAGCAGGGACAGACUGUGAGUGUCCCUCCUGUGGGUGUGCGUGGGACUGUGGGGACAAGUUCUCGGAUUGCCCCACACCUGCUCCGGAGAGGACAAGCUGUGGGAGUGCCUGGGGCUGUGCAGGAGAUGGACUAUGGGGUUGUCUCAGGCCCUUGGGGAAAAGGACUGACUACGGGCGUGCCUGGGGCCAUGGGAUGGCCUGAGGCUGUGGAAGUACCUAGAGCUGUGGAGGGGGAGAUAGGCAGUGGGGGUGUUCCGGGACUGUGGGAGAGAAGGCAGGCGGUACAGGGAACUGGGGCUCUGUCACAGGAGACAGUCUGUGGGGAUACCCCCGGUUUAUGGGAAAGGGGACAGGCUGUGGUGUUGCCUGAUGCUGUGGGGGUACCCAGAGCUGUACCUCUGGAGGAGGAAACUGCUUCUAUGAGUGCCCAGGGCAUAUGGCAGAGGAGACGAGCUGUGGAGGAGAUGGGCUUUGGGGGUAUCCCUGGCCUCUGGGGCAUAGGACAGCCUGUAGGGGUACCUUGUGCUAUUGAAGAGGAAAUUAGGUGUGGGGGUGACCCCGGAUUCAGGGAAAUGGGACAGGCUGUGUGGGUAGAGACUGGCUCUGGAGGUGACCCAGGGUCAUGGGCAGCUGCACAGACCACAGAGUUAUCUGGUUGUGAGCAGGAGGUACGUGCUGGGGAUGCUCCCCACCCGGGGGAAAUAGAGCAGGCUGUGGGAGCACCUCAAGUUCUGGGGAAGAACACAGGCUGUGGAAGCAUUCUGGGUCUGUGGGGAGCAGAACAGGCUGUUGGGGUGUCCCAGGCUGUAGUGGUCCCAGGAGCCCUGGGAGAACAGACAAGUGAUGGUGGUAUCCCAAGCCUGUGGGAUAGGCAGCAGGCUCUGGGAGGACCUCUGGCUGACACAGUGCCAGGCAUGGGUGGGAAGGAGACUUGCUGUGGAAAUGUUCUGAACCUACGGGAAAGGAGGCAGGCUGUGGGAGAGCAAAAGGCUCUGGUGCCCACAGCUUUAGGGGUACCUGGGCCUGUGGAUCAGGAGCCUGGCUAUGGGGACAUUUCAUCUCUGUGCAGUAGGAGACAGGCUGUGGGGUUCUCUCAGACCGGCCAGGUGCUUCAGGCGGCAGGUGGGCCCAAGCACCAGUGUGCCCCAGCAGAAGUACCCACAGGUGUGGGUAUGCCCAGGUCUGGAAGGAUGCCUGCUGCUGUGUGGAUGUCUGGCCCUGUGUGUCAGGAAAGCAGCUCUGGAGAUGGCCUGAACCUGUGGGAAAGGGUUCAUGCUGCUAGACUACCCAUGGCUUCAGGGGUAUGUGUGGCUCCGGGGGCCGCCACAGAGGAUACUGGCUCUGUGGCCUUCCCAGGAUCAUGGGGAAGGAGAGAGGCUAUCGGGGUUUCUGUGUCUGAUAGGGUUCCUGUGGCUCCUGAGGAGCCUGAGCUUGUGAGGGGGGAGACUGGCCCUGGAGGCAUCGCACCAUCUUGGGGAAGGAGACAGAGUGCUGGGGUUCCUGUGGCUGCUGAAGGGCCCCCAGCUCUUAGGGUGCCUGGUCCUUUGGAGGUGGAGACUGGCUCUGGGAGUUCCUUGGGAUUACCAGGAAAGAGACAGACUGUAAGAGUGCCUGUGACUGUAGCUAUGCCUGCAGGUGGUGCGGUGCCUAGGCCUGUGUGGGAGGAGACUGGUUCUGGAUGUAUUUCAGACUUGUGGGGGGAGAGAGAGAGAGUGCGAGGACCCUCGGAUGCCAACAUUCCUCCAAGGGUGGGGAUACCCACCACUGCCGGGAUGCCUGGGCCCAUGGGGAACAAGACAGGCCAUGGGGGCAUCUCAGGCUUGUUGGGACAGAGACAGACUUCAGGGCUAUCUGUAGCCAUGGGGCUGCACACAGCCAUGGGGGUGCCUGGGCCUGCUGGGGAGGAGACACUCUCUGGGGGCCUCUGGAGCUUAUUGGGAAGAAGGCAGACUGCUGAGGUGCCUGUGGCAGCUGGGCUUUCCAUGCCAGUGGGAGUGCCCACAGAUACUGGGAUCCCUGGGCUGGUGGUGCAUGAUACCAGCUCUGAGGAUUUCUCAGGUAUAUGGGGACGGAGACCCAGGCUUGAGGUGCCUGCUGCUGCCAGGGGUCCAGCACCUGUGGAUGGGGAGACUGGCUCUGAAGGUGCUGCAGGCCUGUCAAGAAGAUCCAGUGGAACCAUCCCUGAGGCUGUGACGGCCCCUCUGUCUAUGGGCGUGCUUGCAGCCGUGGGGGUUCCUGUGGCGGGGCGAGUGCCUGCUGCAGUGUGGGUGACUGGGAGUGCAGAAGAAGAAACGGAUGUGGCCGUGUCAGGCCUCCCAGUGAUGAGACAGUCCACGGAGGGACCUGGGGCUGCAGGGGAGGAGACAGGAGGCAGAAGUGUCGUGGAGCUGGCAGGGAGGGGCCGGGCAGUGGGGAUGUCUUAUACCCCUAGGUGUGGAACCAGGUUAUGGAGCUGCCCCCGGUAUGGCGUGGAAGAAACAGACUAUGAGAAUGUGCCAGGAGUGCCAGGGACAUGGACGACGGUGGGGCUGCCCGAAGCUGCGGCCCUGCCAGUGUCAAGGCAGGGAAUAAGCCUUGGCCAUUUCAGAGAUCACCCACAUCAAGGUGGGAGGAGACAGGCUGGAGGAGUGUCUGCAGUCAGAGUGAGGGGGAACAGUUUGGGUGAGAAUUAUGUGGGGGAGGACAGGCUGAGGGGGGAAUUCUAGUAGUAUGUGUAGGGAACAAGUUUGGGGGGAUUCUGGGGCUCUUUGGGAGAGGGACAGAUGGGGGAGGUUUGUCCUGGGUUGUGAAUGAAGGCACAGACUGCAGAGGUGUCUCAGGACAGGGGAGGGAGAUACUUUGUACCAGGGUGUGUCAAGAAACAAAUUGGGAGGUUUCAUGGAGCAGUGG